AUCAUGGAGAUUAUGGAAGAUGGAAAUUUGGUGGAUCGAGUGAGAAUUCUGCUGCAGAGAGAUAUGAAAUACUAUCAGGAAAUGCAAACUGUUCUUCGUGAACCUGUAUGUGUGAGAGUUAGUGGCGGAAAACUAGAUUUCCCUAGACAUGCUUCUUUCGCUGCGAUAAAAAUUGUUACCUGGUGGGAGGCAGAAUUCACUGUAGCCUUCAAAGGUCCAUCUGGCCUUAGUUCUGCCAUUCAAGAUAAUGAUUCACUUAAUGAGAGUGAGGGUGUUAUUAAAAAUAUGCAACCACCCGAAUUUAUAUUAUUGGUUAUCGAUACAUCUGAGCAACUAAUAGAACAUUUGCACAUGCUGAUUCAAGAAUCUUUGGAUCAUGCUGAUUUGACAGUUUUGACAGCAACUUUGGGAGCCGCAGCUUUGAUUCGAAAUUGUCUUUGGUGUUAUAGUCAGAGAGCGAAAGAAAAAGUUCCAAGUGAUUCGAGCGAGAAAAUAUAUAAAUGCUACAAAUCGUUUCAAGAAAUGUCAGAGGCGGUGGCUGAAAGACUACUCGACUUACAUUGUCGUUUGAUAUCAUUGUAUGUUUUGAACGAAGCUGAUUCUCUUAAUUGGGAAAGUGAGAAAUCAUUUUUCGAAAAGGAACGUUCUUCUUAUGUAAUACAAAUGUGGUGGCUUUAUAUGCAAGGUACAAAAGCUGAUUUAUGGAGUACCGUGUCUCCGACAAUGGCACAAAGAGUAUUUUCCGGAAUGUUGAACGAGUCACUGACUAUUCUCACUACUCGGUUUGUCCAUGGUCGUCCUAGUUUGGCGAGAUCAGAACAAUUUUGGGCAGAUGCUUUUAAUGUGCUUUGUUGCACUAGUUAUUUAACAUUGAGCGCCUGUCUUAAUGGAAAAGAAAUGGUUGGAUCCCAGAAAAACAAACUGCCUGUCCUUAUGAGGGAUAUUCACUCCAAGUGUUACGAACUUUUAGUCUGUCUCCUGCUAAGAGGAACGCCACUCAAAAUACUUUACCAGGUUUUUCGAAAUGGAUUGGACGAUCUGCCGAUUUCACAGCCAAGGAAUGGACCUUCUCCUUGGCUUUUUAUGUCUGCUCCUGAUUUAUUGGGUUCUAUAAAUGAGCGUUCUUAUCAGGCAAAUUUUCCUAAAGACCAAGCUGUUAUUUUGGAGAUAAACGUGCUUAAAUCACAGCCACAGCCAAAUUGGCCACAAUUAAUGAAGGUGUUUUUGAUGAACGAUUAUGCUGUUUCGAAAAUAUUACUCAGGUCAUUGGCACGACAAUGUAUUGGAAAAAAAUUCGAUGCUGAUUUUCUAAAAUCAAACGGGGCGCAAAAUUCUGAAGACACUUGUGGAGGUUUUUUAUGUACUGGAAAUUCAUGUCAUAGAAUAUUAAACAUAACACCUAGUUCUGCAUUGUUUAGUCUCACUUACAUUUUGGUUAAUAAUACCCAUGAUCCUUUGAAGAUCAUAGUUCCAGCUUUAAAACUCGAUCCGACCUGGUCCAGUUAUCUAGAUCGACAACAGGUGUGGAAUCAAUUAAGACCACCAUGGUUAAAUGCCCUUUUGGCACCUCUGAAUUCAAUGAUGAUUCCUAUUGUAGAAAUUCUGCUUGAUGCAGUCAGGACAGGAGCGAGCAUUUAUCAAGCCAUGUCUUUAGCACUGACAUGUUUGAUGGAAUUGCAUGUUUGUGCACCUUUUGGUGUUUUGCGAACGGCUCUCGCUAUGAACGAAAAAAUCCCGGCUCACUGUCGGCCUAUAGGCGGAUCUGUACUACUGCAAAUCAUGUGCGCUGCACUCUACACAGCUUUACUUGAAGUAUCUGCUCCCAUAAAACCAAAAACUGAACAAAACAUUAUGCCCCAUAAAACUGAACUUGGUUAUUUUGACCCUAACGAUAAAUCAGCUUCUGCGCUUGCAUUAGCUGAAGCACUUUGCAGCAUUGACGAAGAUAAUAAGCAUACUGUUCAAAUCGAAGAUUUGUCGAAAAUUAUCAAAAAAAGCAUAGAUUCAAAGAAGGUAGCUACAGAACAGGCGGAAAUAGAAGACAUGACAUCCUUCAUAGAAGUCAUAACCGAUGAAUUAUUAUUUCAGAUUGAAGGCCGCCGUUCUCUAAAGAUUGUACACGAAUAUUUGCUUCGUGCAUCAGAUUUGGUUUUAGAAGCUUUAAAAAGUAAUGGAAAAGAAGAUGCGACUGAAGUUGCUAUUCCGGCUGAUGUUCCAGUAAAAACAAAAAAUCUGACUUACGUCAUGUUUCACAUUGGCGACAAGCCAUUUGAUGAAUUGCUAAUUGGUUACGAUGAUAAAAACUGGGAAAGAAUGUUUUCAAUUCCUCUCUCGAUUCCACCGGAACGAAUACGUGGCCAGUUGUUGGUUAGACCGGAUUUGAGAAAUAUCGAUCGACUUACAUCUGAAGAGCAGGAAGUCGCCAAUUUUUUAAAGCAACUCUGCACCACCGGAAGGUCUUCGAAAUUCAGAUAGAAAGAGGUAGGACAUCGCGUAUCCGAAAAAAAUUAAUAUUUUUCUUCGUUUAACAUUUUCAGGUAUUGUGUAUUCAAAACGAAA